ACAGACGAAGAUCCUUACCCUCACUCUCUCUCUCUCGAUUCCCAAAAGUUGGAAAAUAAUGGCGAAACGGGUGUCGGAUUCCCAUACCAACACAGCAGCAGUUCAAGCCACCAACGACGAUGCUUCUGCAAGUAAACUAUCGUGCGUGAACAAGGGAUACAUGAAAGAUGACUACAUCCACUUGUUUGUGAGAAGACCUGUGAGGAGAUCCCCAAUAAUCAACCGUGGUUACUAUUCUCGUUGGGCUGCUUUUCGGAAGCUUCUGUUUCAGUUCCUCACUUGCGAAAGACAUGGGAGUGGAAAUGGUCACUUGAAAAAGCAGAUAGUAUCCCUUGGAGCUGGCUUUGAUACAACCUUUUUUCAGUUGCAGGAUGAAGGGAAUGCGCCAUAUUUGUAUGUGGAAUUGGAUUUCAAGGAGGUCACUAGUAAGAAGGCAGCUCUAAUUGACAGCUGCAAUCAGUUAAGAGAUAAAAUUGGGUCCACUGCAUUAAUUUCACGGGAGAAAGGUGAAGUUAUAAGUGAUCAUUACAAACUACUUCCUGUUGAUUUGCGUGACAUACAAAAGUUGGAUGAUGUCAUAACUCAGGCACAGUUGGAUCCAAGCCUGCCAACAUUUAUAAUUGCAGAAUGCGUUCUAAUUUACUUGGAUCCAGAUUCAACUUGUGCUAUAGUUGGUUGGGCUUCAAAGACAUUCUCUACUGCAACAUUUUUCUUAUACGAGCAGAUUCAUCCAGAUGAUGCUUUUGGGCAGCAAAUGAUCAGAAAUUUGGAGAUUCGAGGCUGUGGGCUUUUGGGAAUACAUUCUACACCUACUUUACUAGCCAAGGAAAAACUUUUUCUUGACCAGGGGUGGCAGAAAGCUGUUGCUUGGGACAUGCUGAGGGUUUAUAGUAACUUUAUUGAUGCUCAAGAGAGACACAGGAUUGAAAGGCUCGAGUUAUUUGAUGAGUUUGAAGAGUGGAACAUGAUGCAGGAACAUUACUGCGUGGCUUAUGCAAUCAACGAUGCCUUGGGAUUGUUUCAGUGCGUUGGGUUUCCAACCGAUGAUCAACGAAUGGUCAGUUCUUCGUCUGCCACUUCUCCGUAAAACAGAAGGAGCUAACUAACAAAGGUGGUCGGUCGUGUUGUGUU